CUCGCUCGCACCGUCGUCGCUGCAAAGACAAAGAUGAGGCCCACACCACAGCGCCUCGUCACCAUCCCGGCCCGUCUCGCACAGGCCGCGCGCGUCUCGUCGUCACGGCAAGACGCCCGCAGCCGGUCCCUGGCCCUCUACCGCGACUUCUACCGCUCGGCGCCCGAGAUCUGCGCCCUGUAUGCCCUCGAUGUGCCCCCGUCGACGCUGCGGGCCAAGUUCCGGGAAAAGUUUGAGGCUGCACGGGGCAUCGAGGACCUCGCCGUCAUCGAUGUCAUGCUCCACAAGGGCAGGGUCGAGUACCAGGAGACGAUGAACGCGUGGAAGCAGAUUCCCCACAUCAUGAAGUGGUUCGCAGAGGAGGAGUCACCGCCACGCCCAGAGACAUUCCUGGACAAAUUCUAUGCGAGCAGAGAUGAAGGGCGCGGUGCCACGGGCAAGGGCUUCUAAGCCCAUGUCGUCCGUUACACUCAAUCGCCAAAUACAAUGUUAUAUUUCACGUUGCAGUCCUC